CGUUUUUGUUCUCAACUCAUAGAACAGCAGGAAUCCAAAUUUUCAGCCAGCUUCUACUUGUAAAUCCGGGUUAAUUGCAAGGAUGGUUACUGAGUUUACUAAAAUCGUUCAUGUUUGGUCAGUGCAAAUAUUUAAUUCUAUUCAUGGUCAUUAAGAUUAAUUCAAUAGUUCAAGUUUGGUCACUCUCCGUUAGUCUUCGUUAGUUUUUGCUGAUGUGGCUGUCAACUAUUAUAGUUGACCGUUAAAUGAGUGACAUGGCCAUUAAAAAAAUAAUAAAAUAAUAAAUUUAAAUAUUUACAAUUUCCACAUCAUUUUACAACUAUUAAAAAAUAAAAAUAAAACUUACCUCUGCCCUCCUCCUCUGCCACUCCUCCUUCCGAUUCUUCUUCCCAAUCUUCCCCGUCGCUUCCUCUCCCCCACUCCUCCUUCCGGCGAAACCCCACUUCUGUCUCAACUACGCCGCUGUUGCCCUAAACAUACAACCCCCGCCGCUCCGCCGUAUCCCGGUGGUGCAUUUCCAUCCCCAUACAUCCUCGUUCUACUCUAACCCUCCCUUCGGCAAUGGCGGCCACUCCAGUCCCUGAAUCCGUCGAUGGCCCCGUCCUCAGCCUAAUCAACAAGCGCCUCCGCGCCCUCCUCAAGAAGCAAAAUUGAAUCAUCCAGAUGGAAGAGUCCGUCGCCCAGGGCAAGGUACUCAACAACGAACAAAGGGAAGUCCUCCGCUCCAAACCCUCCGUCUCUGCCACAAUCGACGAGCUCGAGAAGCUCCGCCAGCCUCUCUCCGUCUCCGUCUCCGAGGAAAUCAAGCUCGCCAUCGAGCGGCACCGCACCGAGUCUCAACCCUCCCCCGGUGUCCCCGCUGCUGCUGCUGAUGUCGCCGCGGCGAAAGAGGAGAAGAAUGGCGAGACCGAGCGCAGAGAAGAAGAGGAGGGGAGUCAGCCCACCACCACUCAAUCUACCCACCCACCACCACCGUCGUCGCCGCCCGGCCGAAUCAUAACUACUUCCUCAGACUCCCAUUGCUCCACAAACCCCCCAUUCUCCACCCCACUCCAAGCCCUCUCCUUCGACGCCCGCCGCCUCUCCCUCCUCCACCACAGUCACCGCCAUCGCCUCCCCUCCCUCAGAUCUCCGCUCGUCUCUGGCGCCUCCUCCGGCUCUGGCCAGUACUUCGGCAUUUCCCCCCGAUUUCAGUCAAUGGCAGACAAUCCAAUCCUUCUCUCCGAUGAAGACGCCGACGAUCCAAGCACUCCGAUUCCACCCCUCUCCAAGAGGCUCCGCGCCGCUCGAGCGGAGCUCGGGCUCGACCCGGCCCCUACCAUCUUCCUCAUCGACGACGAUCCCUCUCCGUUCAAGCCGUCGUCGAAUUCCUCAUCCGCUCCUCUGUCGUCCCGGAAACUCCGAUGUCUGAUAUGGCCGCCGUUGGGAGACGCACGGUGGACCUUUCGACUCCAGAAAUUAGGGUUCCUGAUUUCGGCCUCAUCGACGAAGAUCCCAUACGAAUCGGAAUUCCUCAUCUGCUCUCUCUGUUGUACCAGAAACCCUGAUGUCUGAUGUUGCCGCCGCUAGGUUUUGGAAAGAAGGGGAUGGUCCAGUGGCAGAGGAGGAGGAGGGCAGAGGUAAGUUUUAUUUUUAUUUUUUAAUAGUUGUAAAAUGAGGUGGAAAUUGUAAAUAUUUAAAUUUUAUUAUUUUAUUAUUUUUUUAAUGGCCACGUCACUCAUUUAACGGUUAACUAUAAUAGUUGACUGCCACAUCAGCAAAAACUAACGGAGACUAACGGAGAGUGACCAAACUUGAACUAUUGAACUAAUCUUAAUGACCAUGAAUGGAAUUAAAUAUUUGCAGUGACCAAACAUGAACGGUUUUAGUAAACCCAGUAACCAUCCUUGCAAUUAACCCUGUAAAUCCUCAAACCCAUAAAUUGCUCCAGGAAUGUAUGCAAAGUUUCUGGAAGAAAACUAGAAAAGCCAU